AUGUCAUUUUCAUCCGAAACAGCGCUCUACUAUCUCCAGAAACCAAACAAACUGUUCAAGAUGCCUGGUCAAAUCACAGCCCCGGUGCCCAUCACACCACCCCGCAAGGGGAUGCGCCUUGUCACAUCUGAAGCUCUCUUUGCCAGUCUGAACGAGACCCUGGCAUCGAAUGGCAGCAACAGUCAAGCUUCCGUGCGCACUAUCAAAGAGCGAGAUUGGGACGUCCCAGCUCCCCCACCACCGAGUCCCGUCAGUUUUCAGCAACCCGAUCAGUGGAGAAGUUCGCUACGUCACUGA